AUGUUUGUUUUCUCAUCGGCCUAUAAAUUAGCCCCACCAACUAAUUAUACAUGGCCUCAAAACUCAAAAAAACUGUGUUUUGCAGGCCGUUUUGAUCUUGUACUUAAUGCUAACUAUACACAAAUUGAUGGCGCGAAAGCUACAGCUAGGAUACCAUUAAACAAUGAUACAUUUGAAUCAUACAGUGUAUCAUGUACAGCACCAAAUAACGUUCAUGAAUUAACACUAUCAAUGUUAGGUGGUUUUACAGAAAUUUUAUUAGAUUUUUCUGUUGAUAGUAAAAAUACAACAUCAUUAACAAAAGUUUAUGGUUAUAUAACGUUAAAUGAUAAACAAACAUACUUUAAAAAUUAUUCAAAUGCUACAACAGGUGUGCAUAAAUUUUCAUCAAAUGAAUCAUUAUUUAUAACAGAACGUGGUAAUUCCUAUCGAUGUAAUACAAAAACAAUAAUUCAAGGUUUUGAUAAAAAUCAAACCGUAAUAGUUACGUCGAUUGAAGUAGAAAACUUACGUAUUCAACCAUUUAUUGAUGAUUCAACAGAAUUCAAUGAUUAUGGUGUUGAUAAAAAUUCUAAUUUAAUUCCAAUUAUUGUUGGUGCUUGUCUUGCUGUAUUGGUUGUUAUUGUACUUGUUGCAUAUCUCAUUGGUCGUCGACGUAGUCGUAAUGGAUAUCAAAGUGUUUAA